CAAUCAUUCACAGACGGACAAAGACAAGAUUACAGAGGAUUUUAAAAGGCUGAUCAAGCCCGUCUACGAUAUCUAUGCUCGAGAAGCGACGGCGAAAGAGAUCGAAGAGGGUAAGCGUGUCACGGAGCUAAGAGACGAGGACUUCCCGUACAUCGCGCUAGAAUCUAACUUCUUGCUGGAGCCGGCUAGCUAUGAAGUACAACUACAGGUGGAAGAAGAGGGAGCAGAUGAAGACUUCCAUGAGCAAGAACAUGAUGUCGAAGAAAGCGAGGAUGAGAAUGAAGAAGCAAACAUUACUGGGUAAUAGAUUUGAGAGAUUCGAAAACACAAGAUUUGGAAAAGUAUCACUUUCAUCAGCAAAAGUAAGUUCAAGGAGCAGAAGAGUUGUCGCACGGGUAACGGAUAUAAUUUAGAAUGCAUUUUUUCAACGCAGCGUCUAUCUCUACAUUGAUUUAGAGCCUUCCUGAUUAUCAGAUAAACUAUACGGAACUUCAGUAGAAAUAUAGAACUACAACCAGCAACUUACCUUCUAGGUAGCUUCUCUCAGUCUGGAUAGAAUUAAUAUCGAGCACUGCCCUCCAGCUUGAGAACAGCAGCAACUUAUCAUGUAUGACAGCAGCAGAAGCAGUUCGGUAGCUGCGUCCUCUUCACUUAUGAGGGAAUUGAUGACAUUUUUAACAUUCUGC